AUGCUGACGAACAGAUACUCGCUCUCCAUCAUUGACCGCAUCAACAUUGGGCACGCCAAGGUGGUUGGAAUGGAGCAAGACUUGAAGAUGACUGGCAACCCAGCGGCAUACUCGAUUUGUCUCUUGGUCUUCUUUCCGGCUUACAUGCUUGCCGAGCUUCCUGGAAAUAUGGCUCUGGUCAAAUUCGGAGUUGCCCGGACUUUGGCAUUCUUGAUGCUGGGCUUCGGUGUCUCGACGAUUGCGCAAGGUCACGUCCAGCAUUGGUCGAUCCUGGCAGUAUGCCGAGUCCUUGUGGGCGCAUUCGAAGCUUCCACGUUUCCCGCAACCGUUGUUCUGAUUUCGGCUUGGUAUAAGAGAUAUCAGGCUCACCAGAAACUGGCUUUGAUGUACAGCAUUGGAAUCAUCGCAUCUGCAUUCGCUGGAGUAUUAGCAUAUGCAUUGGCGCUGAUGGAAGGUCUGGGAAAUCUUCGAGGUUGGCGAUGGAUCUUCACUAUCGAAGGCACAGUGACGGCUGUGUGCGCUAUCCCAACCCUGCUAUUCGUGGUGGACUUCCCAGAUAGGGCCAAGUUCCUCUCACUGGAGGAGCGGACGAUUCGUAUGCAGCAGCUGAAGGCCGACAAAGGUGACGUCGAUACGGAGCAGAUUUCAUGGAAGAACUUGAAGGACUUGAAAGAUUGGAGAGUUUGGCUGGUGACAUUCAUGUACUUCUGCAACGUCUGCAUGGUAUAUGGCAUGGGUUUCUUUGUCCCAACCAUUUUGACAGGGCUGGGGUACAGUGGCCUUCAAGCCACGCUCCACAGUGCACGUGAGUUUAUCUGCUCCCACAUAGCUGCAACUCACACAACUAGCGCCUGGUCCAGUUCAUUCCUGGCUGAUCACAUCCAUCGCCGGUUACCGAUCAUCAUCUUCCAGGGCUGCGUCGGAAUCGUUGGUCUCGGUCUGGUGUCACAGAUCCAUCUAACGCCAGGAACUCGCUACGCAGGUCUAUGCCUGUGUGUUUCCGCUUGCCAAUCGAAUAACUCUGCGAUCCUCAUCUUUGGCCAGAAUAACAUUGUUGGAUCAGCCAAAGCCAACCUCGUGGCGGUUCUCAACAUAGCAGGAGGUGUCGUGGGCGGUGUAAUUGGCAGCACGGUAUACAUGGCUAAAGAAGCCCCGACCUAUAGCACUGGACUGGCGAUCACGAUGGCUCUCCAGGCAUGUCUGAUCCUGUGUUGCAUUGUUGUUUGGCCAAUCAACGUCCGCGGGAAUCGGAAGGCAGAGCGCGGCGAUAUUGUGAUCAAUGGCAUCGAAGGUUGGAGGUGGACAUUGUGA